AGCCCUGGAAAGAAGGGAUCAAGGGAGAAACCAAGUCGGUCGAUUCCCGCAAGAGACUACUCGCUGGCGAAGGGAGGAGGCAUCUCCUUUGUGUACGAGGUCCACCCUCUCAUCGUGGUCAAGGUUCCUAAGUCCGGCCAGGAAGAGAAGGAGCAAUUUCACAAAGAACUCAAGAUCUAUGAGAUUCUAUCCCGGAAUUCGCCCUGUCCCUCUCUAGUGUAG